AUGCUUCAGGUGUCUGCUACUUUUAUUAGUAUUUUAGUAAGAAACAGGACCAUAUGUUUGGAUAAAUUCUUUGAUGAGUACCAGUGGAAGGGCCCCUUCUACUUCAUCCAGGGAGCAGAUCCUCAGUUUGGACUGAUGAAAGCUUGGGCAGUUGGAGACACGAACAAUGGAGAUGAUGAGUGGGGAGAAGAAAUCAAACUAGCAGAGCAAGCAGUGCAGGCCGUUAACAAACUAAAACCAAAACCCAAGUUCUUUGUGUUGUGUGGAGACCUUAUCCAUGGAAUGCCAGGAACUCCAUGGAGAAAGGACCAAGAGCAAGAUUUAAAGAAUGUUCUGAAGAACACUGACCAGGACAUCCCAUUGGUAUUUGUCAGCGGGAAUCAUGAUAUUGGCAAUACUCCAACGAGAGAAACAAUAGACAAUUAUUGCAAGAACUGGGGAGAUGACUACUUCAGCUUUUGGGUUGGAGGUGUUUUCUUUAUUGUGCUGAAUUCUCAGUUAUACUUCGACUCUUCCAAAUGCCCUGAGUUAAAGCAAGCCCAGGAUGUGUGGCUCAAUGAGCAACUGGCUGUCGCUGAGAAACAUAAAUGCAAGCAUAUGAUAGUAUUUCAGCACAUCCCUCUGUUUCUGAGAAAACCUGAUGAAGACCACAAUUAUUUCAACUUGGAAAAAUCAGUUCGUCAAGAGAUAAUGGAAAAGUUUCACAAAGCAGGCAUUAAAGCUGUAUUUUCUGGACAUUACCACAGAAAUGCUGGAGGGUCCUACAAAGGACUGGAAAUGGUGGUUUCAUCAGCAAUAGGAUGUCAGCUGGGAGAAGAUACGCAUGGCCUUCGAGUGGUUGUUGUCACAGAUGAAAAGAUUGUUCAUAGAUACUGCAGCUUACAUGAACUGAGCAGCCGAGGCAUAGAGAAGGACCUGCUAGAUAUGCUUGCUAAACAAAAUUAGGCAGUGUCAAAAAAAUUGAUUUUUUUUCCAUAUUAGACAAAUAGAAACAGUUUUGGAAAGUUUACCCAAGCUGAAGAUACAGAUUUCUGAUUGUGCACCAUACCCCAGAACAGCUCUCAAUUUCUUACCAUCCUAAAUAACAAGAAAUUUGUUGACAUGUUUCUCCUUUUGAAAAUGAGACCUAUGAGGAAUACGGAAGGAUAG